GUUUAUUGAAUGAAAUGCAUUUGUUUUUCAAUAUUUAGAAAUACUUUUGGUAAUUCACAACUGCGGUUUUGUUUAUUGGUACUGCAGUUUAAUCUAAACCAUUCAAAACAAAAUAAAUGUAAGCAUGGACGAGACUUGGGUUUGCAUUGAUGUGGGCAAUAUUUUUCUUUAUGUAUUUGGGCAAAUGAUUUCAUGUGUAUAUUAAAAAUCUUAUACUCUGUCCCUAAUUGAACUUCACAUUGCUUUUAUCAUGGAGUUUAAGAUAGUGGUGUUGUAUGGUUGAGAUUUAUUUAUAAAUUAAAGAAACAAAAUUAACAACACAUUUAUUUUCUUGAAGGGAAAUGUGGAGUUUAUUUAGAGACAACCCAAAAAGGAAAAGGGAAGUUUAUUAAGAGACAGAUGGUGUAUACACACUAGUUAGGUUCCUUAAUCUAAGUGCCUAAAUCUAAGUGUAGCUACCCUUACUAGGUUCCUAAAUUUGAGCGUUGUAUAAAGAUUACAAAGAGAACUUUCUAAUGAAAUAUGUUCGUACAUUGAUUUUAUUUUAUAAACCGAGUCUAAUGAAAUACAUUAAUGGAAAAAAGAAAGUCAUUAUUGACAAUUUUUUAAAGUUAAGGUAAAUAAUGGAUUAGUUAGCACAUUAAACUUCCCUUGCUUCUUACUUUCUAUCUUUAUGAAGUUUUGGGUAGUAAUGCAGCAACAGAUCAAAGGGGUAACAGAAGGAGACUCUGUUUUUUGACCUCCCAGACACCAACAUAGUUGGGGAUUAUAUUAGGUUAUAUAAUAAGUAUGCAAUAUUUUAGCAUUAUCACCUUUCACAAAUCCUAUAGUGGACUUGUAGUCCAUCAAGCAUUGUUGAUAGAAUCUGUGAUAUUCUGGGUCGUAAUAUGAUGGAAUCACUUUGUGUAUAUGUAGUUUUUGCCUAGGCCCUAGGACCUCAAAACUAAGCAACCCUGUUUCUGUGAAGAUUUGCAUUCUAAUGUUAAACUUAUAUAGCACUCACUUGUUACCAGGAACUGUUAGCAUACACUGAAAUUUUUUAAGCAUGUAAAAGUAAAACCUGUCCCUGAUGGCCUGAUGGGACUGGCCUCAACUUAAAAAAAUUUGUACUCACAGAAUCACAAACCAAUCAUUUCAAGUAGUACAAAGCAUGAUUUCUUGUUAAAGUUUUAACAUCAUAUUAAUCACCAAAGCACAAUUGGAACUCUAUGCUUAUUUAAUAUAAGAUCCACAUUUUCUUAAACCAUGUCCUUCUCACAAUUUGCUUUUUUGUGAGGGCUAAUAUUGCAUAAGCAGGUGGAAGCACUUGCUGCGGUUGUAGGUGUGAUUGCCAGAGAAGUUGAAACAAAAGCCAUAGUUGAUGUUGGUUCUGGUCAGGGUUAUCUUGCACAAGUACUUUCAUUUGAAUAUGACCUUUCUGUUGUUGCGAUUGAUGCCUCUUCACAUCAUGGAAAGAUUACUAAUGCACGUGCAGAAAGAAUUAUGAAGCAUUAUGCCUCAAAGAUGCGCAAAUCUGGAUUAGAAGGCAGAGAAUUGUGCGUGCCAGAGACUGUUACCUGUCAAGUACUGUCCUCUGAGACAUUGAAGGCGUUGAGUAAUGGCUCACUCCAUGAAAAUAGUGUUGAAAAAAAAUGUCUUUUCAGAGAAAGAUCUAUUGGACACAGUCCAGUUGAGUACAAAUUAACUCCUCAUUCGUACAGGAUUGCUGAUUCACCAUUGAUUCUAGCUGGACUUCAUGCCUGUGGAGAUCUUUCAGUGACUAUGUUGAGGACAUUCUUGGAAUGCGAUGAAAUAAAAGCAGUGAUUAGUGUUGGAUGCUGCUAUAACUUGCUGUCUGAGGAAGCUCCUGCCAUGGACGGUUCUACUUGUGGUUUUCCGUUGAGUAAAAGUGUUAGAAAUGUUGGGUUAUUUCUUGGUAAAAGUGCUCGUGAUCUUGCUUGCCAGAGUGCAGAUAGAUGGAAAGGCUUAGAACAAGCUGCUGGCCUCCACAACUUUGAAUUGCAUACAUUUCGUGCUGCCUUCCAGAUGAUUCUGUUGCGAUAUUAUUCAGAUGUAUUGACAAAAAGUCCUGCAGUAGGACGUCAAGGAAAAACAUUACGCCGCCAACACUAUAAUAGAACCUUGGAAUCUAAUCUGCAGUGUCAAGGCCCUAGAGGAUCUAGUGGAGGCUCCUCAAAGAAUAUAAGUGAUGAUAAAACUAAGUGCUCUCUUUCCAUCCUUGGUUGUGGACAUGAUGUCAAGAAGGGUUUAGGCUGUGAUGGUGAUGAGGAUGCCUUCUUUCAUAAAACAUCUUCCACUCCGAGUUUCAGAAGUGGAACUACAAAUUCGGUGGACAGUUUUCCAUUAUUCAUGAAAUUCUGUGAAUCUGGGCUUGCCCGCCUGGGACUCCAGUCACAGGAAAUUGAUUAUCUUGACAUAUGGAAGGAGACACAAUCUUUUUCUAGGAUGAUAGGGCCUUACUGGUCUCUUCGUGCUGCUCUUGGACCCGUUUUGGAAACUCUUAUUUUACUUGAUCGGUUACUGUUCCUCCAGGAGAGCGGUAAGUGCCGGGAAGUUGGCCUGUUUCCUGUUUUUGACCCAGUAUUGUCUCCUAGGAAUAUGGCUAUUAUUGCCAAGAGAAUGUGAAGUCUACCAGUUGUGUUUAUGCCAUACAUUAUCUCCUCUGGUAUUGCCAAGAAAAGUUGGAACAUAAGAUUAUUUAGGAUUCUUUGAUUCAUGCAUUGUAUUAUAUCAGGCCAUUAGGACAUGUAGUGACUUGAAAACUAUAUUAAAGGAUUUUUUCCCACAAAGGGACCAAGAUGUCAGCACACCUUACUUGGGAGUGUUUU